UGUUUGUCUGAACAUGACUGCUGCAAAGGCUUCAAACGUAAAAGCUGUGUAUCAGAAACCUCUGACACCGCAUUAGUCCCUUUCCUCUCUGCAGUUUGCAGUUUUGCACUCUCCUCUCUCCUCUCUCUUACCUUCUUAUCUGCUUCUCUCACUAGCCAAGUAGUGGUGAGAUUAACAGAGCUCAUUUUUUCACUCAAAAGUGAGAAAAUAAGCUUUUUUUUUCUUCCUUUGAUCAUCACUUUCAGAGAGUCAGACCCACUAAGGAAAAGAAAAAGCUCAUGUGAAUGUGACAAUGGAAGCUAAGCCUCUCCAAGUUGUUCCCUCUCCACACAACAACUCAGGGGUAGGAGAUGGACCCCAGAUGAAGAUUGAGGAUGGUGUAGUUGAUGAAGGGAAGAAGGGUGUUGUGGUGAAGGGAGAAAACUCAUCCUCCAGUGUUGAACAUGAUCUUGGGGUUAGUGCUUGCUCUGCAGUAAACACAGAACGCCAUCAAAAGUGUUGUCUAUUCUCAGAUUUUCAGAGGCGUGAGCUUGACCACCAAGUUUUCAUCUUCAACCGCUUUGCCAGUAACCUUCCUCUUCCUCACCACAUGCUGCAAUUUCCAAGCCACAUGUCAGAGAACCUGGGUUUUGAUUAUGGGACUAUGGUGGAUGAUCCAGAACCGCAUAGGUGUAGAAGAACUGAUGGAAGGAAAUGGAGGUGCGGUAAGAACACAGUGCCUGAUCAGAAGUACUGUGAACGCCACAUGCAUAGAGGUCGUAAUCGUUCAAGAAAGCCUGUGGAAAAAUCAUCUGAAGUUAACUCUUCUUUGACAACAAAGCCUUGUGGCAACAUGUCUCAUGCCAAACCAGCCCCAAGCACAGAAUCUGCAGUUUCAAGUCCAAACAAUGUGACCAUUCAUGAACCACCUUCCACCCAAUCAAGUAUUGUCAAUACCUCUUCUCUUAACAGCCGGUCGAGAAAUGUCACCGGUUCUGCUGAUUAUCAAAGCCCCCUUUCUCCUGCUGUUGCACCGAAGUUGACCACUUUCAGCAGCAUGGCAUCUGUUACUCCACAUAACAGAAGUCACCUUAAUGUGCACAACAAGAAAGAUGAGCAGAACAGCAGUUGUAUCAGCAACAAGAUCAGUAUUUACAGUAGUGGGAAAGGAAGCAUUGUGUGUGAUAGUAAUGGUAUCUCUACUGGAAUUGGCUUCUCCCCAAGGAGUGUUCUUCAAGUGUCUGGUUGCAAUCAUGCGUACCUCAACUACAGAAACAACGUCGAAUCUGAAGCUGGUAGGUGCCGGAGAACAGACGGUAAGAAGUGGCGGUGCAAGGGUUGUGUUCUUCCCGGUCAGAAGUAUUGCGCUACGCACGUGAACAGAGGAGCUAAAAAGCGUGUUACAAGCCAUGAACCAGCAGCUACUACUACUUCCACUACUUACCCUUCAGCCACAACCAACAACAUUCAGAAAGCCCAAAUUACAAAUCUUUCAAUGUCAGUUCCUGCAGCAAGUGCAGCAGCAGCAGCAUUCACAGAGUGUAAUGUGAAAAGUGCUAGUAGCAAUGACACUGAUAUCACCAUCAGUGACACCAUAAAUGAAUGUAACAACUAUCUUUCAUCCUAAGUAGGUGUUUCAUUUCCUGAACCUGUUUGAUGUUUAGGGUUGACUAACCUCUAUUAGUAUUUUGAUAUCACUUUUGUGUGAACUGAACUAGUUGUUCUCCAUGUAGAAAAGAUUAAGAGAUUAAUGGAUCUUUUUUUGUACCGUCUUUACAAUA